AUGGCUCCUCAGGCAACACCUACUGCUUCUCUUACGCCUUUGCAGCAGGGACUGUUGCUUUCCCAGCAAGCAUAUGCGCAGCCUCCAAUUGCACCGACGGGUUUAGCACUAACCCUAGUGAUUAUCAUUCUGGUAUUCACAGUUUUGUCUACCGUUGUCGUUGCUCUUAGGAUAUAUGUUCGCGCAUGGAUGGGAAAGUCUGCAGGAACUUGGGGUUGGGAAGAUACAUUCAUUACUCUAGGAUACGGAUCUUUUCUGUCCAGUGCAAUAUUUGCCAUCGAAGCAUGCUACUAUGGACUGGGCUCGCAUGACUCAAAACUGAAUAUGCUACUCAUGAUACGAUGUGCCGAAUACGCAAUGUACUCGAACGUGCUAUACGGUUUCUCCAUGCCUUUCAUCAAGGCCUCGGUUGUGUUCACGUUAAACCGCAUCACCACUAAUAAAUGGCAUCGCUGGGGACUCUAUGCAAUGCUUUUUGUGGCAAGCAUCAUGUCCAUUAUCGGAAUUCUCGCUACUCUUCUCUACUGUCAUCCGGUUCCAGCGUAUUGGAAUCCCCUUUUGGGUACCUGUGGCGAUUUCAUGAUAGUUGUUCGCAUCGGUUACGCCUGGACAGCGGUGGGAAUUGUGACAGACUGGACUUGUGCGAUCUUGCCUUAUUUUAUUGUCCGCAAUCUCCAGAUGUCUUCUAGACAAAAGAUGAUUGUGAUGCUUGUCCUCGGACUCGGUGCUCUCGCUAGCACAGCAACCAUUGUCCGAGCACCGUAUCUAAAAUACUACCUGGCCACAGAAGAUCGUUUGUAUUGGAGCGGUUAUAUCACUCUUUGGUGCCUCCUCGAAAGUGGUAUUGCUCUUAUCGCCGCUUGCCUUCCAGCGCUUCGCAUUCUGGUGCGCAAGUAUAUUGACUCAUCCAAAAACCGCUCCGGUAACAAAAGCAACGGGUACGCCGCCGAGUCUGGCACCGGUUGA